CAUGAACAAAAUCGUAAAAUCCAAAAAAUUCCCUCAAAAACCCCAAUCCACCAAACCCUCCCGUCCCAAAUCCAAACCCCACUCAAAACCCACUCUCAAAAGACCCAUCUCUCCAACCCCCCAAAAUCUCAUCCAAAAACUCGAACAUCUAUCAAAAUCCACGACCAAAACCCUCAAACUCCUCACCUCAGAUAUAACAAACCUUGACCAGAAGCAGAACCUCCUUGAACGUAGGGUGGAAAUAGUAGUGAGUGGGUGUGAAAGAAGAUUUGAUAAGAUGAGGUAAGGAUUUUAGUAAGAAAGUGGACAAUUUGGAGAAGAUGGUAGAUCUUGUGCAUGAGUAUUUGGAGAAUCAGACUGGGAGUGAGAGAAAAUCGGAGAAGGAAGAUAAAAAUCUGGGAUUUUAGACCGCCGAGUGGUUUUGGGAAGAAUUUAGAUUUUAAACAUGAGACAGAGACUUGAAGAGUGGAAGAUGUUGAGAAAUCUUUUAAACUUUUGAAGCAAGAUGUAGACAUGAAGAUGAAAAAAAUUGAGGAAACACUAGAGGGUUUUAAUCUUGCAGAAAAUCAUAUCAAAGUACUUGCUGAUACCAAUAAAUUUAAAGUAAAGAUAGAAGAAAAGCUUAAUUCUUGGAAGUCAAAAAUUGAGGGAAAAAUAGAUAUCAUCUUAAAAAGCGACUACUCCAUUUGCCUUGACCAAAAACCUACAACCCCUACAAACCCCCACAAUCCCUCCAAAGCUCCAAUCUCAAGCAGCUUCAGAUCCGACCUCGAAAUGCUAAAAAUGGUCACCAAAGACAAAACCCCCCCUCUCAAAGACCCCCACACCAAACCCCACACCACCAUCGAACAAAACCCAAGCCUCACCUACUCCCCAUACCCUCUCUCCAACCGAAUUCCACCCCAGACUUCCUCCCAGUACUUAAUUACCUCUUCUUCCAACCCAUCCCACUACGAAAGCUAUGCUCACAAUAAAUACCUUAGCUCAAGAGAUAGAGAUAGUCUUAGUCAGGAUCACAGAGGGACGUUGGAUCUUGAUAGGCCGAGUGGACAGGCAAUGGGGGAGUUAGGAUAUGAUCUUAGUGAGAGUAGAUCAAAAGAAUGCCAGAGUUUCAGAACAAUCAGUUCAAAACAUGGUGAUUACGAAGUAAUCAAAGACAAAUUUGAAAGGAAGUUUUCAUACCAACAUGAAAACAAUGGCCUUAAAUCUCAGUAUCAGGAUUACAAAAAAUUUCAGCCUAAAAAUUCAAAAAAGAAUGAGAAAACAGCUCCUAAAUUUGAGUCAAAUACCCUUUAUUCGAAAUACAAAAAGACUCUAAGCUUCACUAUCCAGGAGCAGGCUAAGAAGAAGUCUUUCUGUGAAGCCAGCUCAAGAGGAAGUCAGAAAGACCCCAAAAUCUUGGAUAACAAAGAGAACUUCAAGCCUAAUCUGGCUUAA